AACACUUAAAUAAAUCACACAAAUAUAUUUCUUAUUUUUGAAUUUUAUAUUUGAUAAUAAGUACUUUAAACAUGAACGUCAAAAAAUCUAAUUCCUACAACAAGGACGUAAACCGUCUUUCGGAUGAUUUAGAGAACCAAUACAUUCAUAAGGGAAUGAUAUUUGUUUCUAUCUCCAUACUAUUGUUUAUUAAAUGCAUUGGAAAUUUUUUGAAGAACAUAGGGUCUAACAUUGAAGAUUUCCUCAAUGGUAAAAGAAAAGCAUCAUCGUCAAUAGAUCAAAACAGCAGCGAUUAUAUUUCAAUAAUCGGACAAAUUGAUAGCAGAAAAGAGCUUAACAAAGAUAUCAAACGAGAAGAUGGAAGAUAUUAUCCUUCACUUUCUAUGAUGGCUUCUAAAUUAGCAUAUGAAAAUGAAUCUGUUAUUAGAAAAACAGUUUCUCAACACUGGAAGAUGGAAUUCUUGAAGUUCUAUAAUUGUUACAAUGCGUCGGAAAAGAAAGCAACAACACAAGCAUUCCUAAUGCGGGAAGAAACAACAAAAGAUGAAAAAAUUAUCUUAGCAUUUAGAGGAACAUCAGCCUUUGAUGCUGGAGAUUGGAGAACAGAUUUCGAUUUCUCAUGGUGUCAAGUUCGUGGAUUGGGUAAAACACACAAGGGUUUCAUGACUGCAUUAGGUUUAGAAAAUUAUUAUCCUAAUAAUAAUGAUCAAUUAUUAGGAGAUUAUACAGCUUAUUUUCCUAACCAAAUUGAUCAUCAACAAGACCCAGAAAAACCACUAGCUUAUUAUGUCAUUAGAGAUACACUUAAACAAAUAAUUGCAAAUAACAAAAGGGCAAAAUUAAUUGUGACAGGACACAGUCUUGGAGGUGCACUUGCUAUUUUGUUUCCAGCAAUUUUAGCUUUACAUGGAGAAGUAGAGUUAUUAGAUAAGUUGGAAGCUAUUUAUACUUUUGGACAACCUAGGGUUGGGAAUGCUCAAUUCGGUCAAUUUAUGAAAAAGAGUUUAAAUGAACAUAAUAUUAAGUAUUAUAGAAUAGUUUACAACUAUGAUAUUGUUCCUCAAGUUCCCCUUGAUUAUGAUAAUGUCAUGACAUACAAGCACUUUGGAACAAGCAUCCAAUUUAACACCUUCUAUCAAGGAAAGAUAGUUGAAGAAGAGCAACCAAAGGGAAUCAAGGAAAACGAAAAUGAAUCAAUUCUAAUGAAAUGCUUGAAGAAGCUAAUGAAGUGGAAGAUUGCAUGGUUAAUUGCAGUAUGGGAGGUAAUUAAAGGGUUUACUAUAAGAUUUACAGCAGGACCAUAUUAUAGAGAAGGAUGUCUACUUUUGGGAUUCAGAAUUGCUGCCAUUUUUUUCCCUCCUCUUAUUUAUCUUGUUAAUCAUAAUCCUCAAGAUUAUGUUAAUGUUACUAUGUUGGCUUCUGAAGAUUUAUUUAAAUAUUACCCUGCGUUACAUUAAAUAUUAUAAUCCACCAAUUAUGAUAGAUCAAAAAAUAAAUUGUGAUGUCAAAGUAACAUAUAUUGACACUUACUUUAACUUUUAUUUAUCAUGUAAAGACUCAAUGUGAACUAAAAUAUGUAUUUUAUUCUAUUGUAGUGCAUACGAAGUAUAUGAAAGUAAAAUGAAAAAGGAGAAAUA